AUGGUGGGGCUCAACGACAAUGGCAGUGCCAAUGCCAAUACAAAUUCAUUCGCGAAAACCAUUUGCUCGAUUUGUUACGAGGAUUUCAAGCCCUUAAUCGAGGACCUUCAAUCUAUCUCUGUUUGCGGCCACGUUUUUCACGAGAUCUGCCUUCAGCAGUGGUUUGAGUAUUGUCCCAAUGUGAAGAAGCGGAGUUGUCCUAUAUGCAAGCAAUCUUGUACCAAUAAAAACGUGGGGCGCUUAUAUUUUCAAUCUAUUGGUGAUCCAAAUGAGUCUAGUCUAUCUCAAAAGCCACAUAGUUAUGUGGAAAAUUCCGAGGAGUUACGCAUAGAGGUCAAGAGGUUGGAGGGGAAGGUUGUUGCGUUGGCUUCCACUUUGGAGCAACAACAGAAAGAAUGUAUGAAUGUAAAAGAUGAGCUCAUCUCAUGCAAGGAGCAACUGAAAGUAGAAGUGAUUCUUAAAAACGAAGCUGUAACUCAAAAUGGAAUCAUCCAGAAGUUGCUUCGAGUGAAAUCUGAAGAGCUUGAUAAGUCGAAUUUAGAAUGCAUGAAACUGAAGGAGAGAAAUAUGGCUUUGGCCAGGGAACUUGCAGCAAUUAAAAUAGCCUGUGAUGUGGACUUGGAAGAAGAUCAAGUUCUGAAGCUGGCGUCAUUAGGAAAUGAUUCAGGCAGCAAAGAAACUGUUGAUGUUCUGAGAAAAUCAUUGUUGAUUAGUAAGAAGAAUUAUAAGGAACUUAUGGCCAAGUGCACCAUGUUAGGACGAGGUGAAGCCCGGUGCCUUCAGAAACUUGAGAAGGCCAACGACAAGAUAAAGAAGUUGAAGUUGAGAGUCCAAGAAGUGGAGGCUGCUUUGGAAUUCAAAGAGAAUGAAGGUUUGAGAGUGCUAAAGCGUCUCGAUUCCAAAUUUAACAUGGAUUCACACAAUACAAUGAAAAGACCUGCAAAUCAGAGUGAUAUAGAUGAAACUAGUGCCAUGCCGAACAUUUCAUUCUGUUCAAGUAAAGUAUCUCCUCACAAGCCACUAAGUAAAAGAAGCACACUGGAUGAGAAUUUACCUGCCCGCACGUCUGAUGAAUGUAAUGAACAAAAGAAAAGUCCUUCGUUAAUAAAGAAAGACGAAAAUAUCACUUCUUCUUCAUUUACUCGGGGAUUUCCAGAUCAGUUGAAAUCGUGUUCUGAUAACAAUGCAUUUACAAAGGGAUCUCAUUUCCCAGUAACAGAUGUAUGCUUCGAUACGCAAAAUGAAGCGGAAAUGCUAAAUUCUGCCAAGAAAGAUGGAUUUUCUUGUUUUCAGCCUAUGCCAAAGCGUAAAAAGAGAGAUGAGGCUACUAAAUUGCCCGCUAACAGCAAUGAUGAUGAUGAUGAUGAUGUGAUAUGCUAUGGUGACACCAAUCCAGUGUCAACUUCAGAAGAACCCCGAGUUGGACCUUCCUCGAAUAUUCCUAUCAGAAAUGAGAUUAAACCAUCAAUUUCAGUUUCUCAAUCUGGUGAAAACUGCUUCUCGGGUGGUUUACUGGGUCCUGAUGGUACUUCCAACUGGCACUUGGGCAAAUGGUGCAAGAAGGCUCAGAGCAAAGGAUCAUCACAACCAUUUUCUGCUAAGUCAAUUGGGUUAAAUGCAAGUUCAGGUGAACUAAUCGCUGUUGGAGCAGAUGGUAGAGGUGGCAAAAUCAAAGUUAUACGGCCUCUUGUUCAGUCAUCAAUGGGUGUUUGGUAUAAACCUUUGCCUAUACUUUCUAAAUUGCCUUCACUUUUGCUUUACUUCACUUUUCAAAGUAUGUUUCUACAUAAUCAUGAUUACUAUGAGCAGUGA